AUUCCAGGCCAGAGUUUGCAAGCUGCCCUAGCCUGUCCUGAUCCUGCCGCCAUAUUGUCACUAAUGGUCUAUAUAAAGAGAAAGCAGAAGAAGAACGAGGAGGGUGUCAUUAGUAGUGGUGGUUUGUUGUUGGCGUUGUGGUAAUUGGAUUAUUGUGGUUUUUAAAACACCAAAAUGGGUAAAGGACUAAAAUUCACCCUGAUCCUCAUGUCCAUCAUUUUCCUCAGCCAACUCUGCUGGACCCAGGAAGAUGAAGAAUUUUACAAUCAUUACACUUCCCAGUAUAGGCAGUUGUGUCAAGAUGCUUGCCUAAUGCAUGGAGAGAAUUACUACUGGUGCAACACUUACCAGGGCUGGGAUUACUGCUCGUUAAAGGAGAACAAUGACUAUAAAGGCAAUGAGUGUGAAGAUGACCAUCCUUGUGACCUGCAUUGUACUGAUUACUACUGGUGCUAUACAAAGACUGGGGGGUGGGAUUAUUGUGGAAAAGUGACACCCAAAAAAGAGAAAAGUAAACAAAUUUUUAAAGGUUCACAUUAUCUGCAUGAUUGCAUGGACGAAUGUUCCUACGACAUGUCAAAGUCAUACUACAGGUGCUACACAGAUAAAGGGUGGGACUUUUGCUCUCCAACACCUGAUGUCACGUACAAGGGUGAGUUGUGCCAAUCCGGUCACCCGUGUAACACCUAUGGCCGUGACUACUCCUGGUGCAGGACAGUCUCAGGCUCGGACUACUGUGGCAUCGUUGAGGACAUCACAAUUUGUGACACAAAUUCUGGUCACAUAAAUGAGACUUGUUUUAUUGAAGAGAACAGAAUGAUGAUCAAGCUGAAGCCAGAGUUGGAUCCUGAAGCAAUAGCAGAGGGAAGAAAAUGGAGUAAAGAGAUAUCACAAAUAAUUGCACACUGGAACAACAGUUACCUACACGAUGACAGCAAGUCCAAUGUCAUCACUACAAAUAACCUUCGUCUUGAUCUACAGGGGUUGGUGCUAAGGGAUAAUUUGUCUUAUUAUGGCCUACAAAUUGAGAUGAACAUGCAUCGUGACGAACACAAGAGUUCCAUAGUUGCUGAGGUGUUCUUACCACAGAAAGUCAUUCCAGAAAGACAUGUCCAUAGGGCCAUUAUUGAGAGCUUCUGUAACCGUGCCAGGGUUUUUGUGACUUUCAGCACCAGUUCUGGUAGUGAGGAUAACUGUGUCUUACUGUAAUCCCAUCCGAAGAUAUUGAUUAAUGAACAUUGUGUCGUAAUCAAAAACUAAGCUGUAGAUUUGCAUUCAGUGAAAUUUGCUUAAGCAACAUUUAAUAUUUAAACCUCUGCUUGCUGCCUGAAGCUGAAGAACCACAGCAUGCUUUUAUGUUUGAAGCGAUUUGAUUUACUUUAGAUUUGAUUGUGUAGAAAUAUGUAGAUCCUGUUUAAUGACCCCUAUAACCACAUCACUGAGGAAGUGGCAUGAGCUGAUGAUCAGUAUACAGAUUCCACUGAAUCAAAGAGGAACAUCUCAUGUUUUAGCUUCAAGCAACAGAGAAAUGUACUGAAUGAUUAUCUAUUAAUAAAAAUCUUUGCUGAUGUUGGCUACCUGCAAAAA